UCUUUGACUCAAAUCUCAUUGUCUUCUUCUCUUCUCUGUUUUAAGUCUUCUCUGGAUGCCAGUUCCAUAUCCUUUCUCUCUCUGAUUCCCUCUUUAUUUUCUUUCCUUCAUCUGCAACCCUUUCUCUCUAAUUUUUGUAUAUACCAACCACAGAGUUACCCACUACAGUAGUCCAUCAAUGGCUGCCAACAAGUUUGCCACCAUGUUACACAGAAAUACCAACAAACUCACCCUGAUUCUCAUCUACGCAAUCCUCGAAUGGGUUCUGAUCCUCCUCCUCCUCCUCAACUCCCUCUUCUCUUAUCUGAUCGUCAAGUUCGCCGACUACUUUGGCCUCAAACGACCCUGCCUCUGGUGUUCUAGGCUCGAGCACAUCUUCGAGCCUGGAAACCAGAGCCGCAAGUCUUACAGAGAUCUCGUCUGCGAAGAACACGCCAAUGAAAUAUCCAAACUCGGGUUCUGCUCCAAUCACCAGAAACUGGCCGAGUCUCAAGACAUGUGUGAGAAUUGCUCAUCGCAGCAGGGCUGCCAAGAAUGGUCUGACAAGUAUGCUUUCUUUCCUUGGAUGAAGCAACUUGGGAUGGUUCAAGGCGGCGAUGGUGAUAAGGAGAUUAUUGAUAAAGAAGUGAAUUUGGAGUGUUCUUGCUGCGGUGUGAGCUUGAGCAGCAAGGUGUACCCUCCUUGUAUUCUGCUCAAGCCUUCUUGGGGUGUUUUGGAUUACUCUCAAAAACCGAUUUUGAAUUCUGAUGUAGGGGUUGAUGCUCACACUGAGGAAGGUGAUCAGUCGGAACAAAGUGGAUCGGAUCACAACGGACAUGAUGAGGGUGUUGUUGUUGUUGUUGAAGGAAAUAAGGGAGAGAAUUCGGUUUCGGAUGUUGAUGGAUGCUGUGGACAGAGAGAUUAUGAUGUAGAGGAGACAAUCAACUCAGCUUGCUGUUCUGUUUGUGACUAUGUCUGCAAGGAAACUGAAACUGGGGCUAAUGCUAAUAUGAAUGUCUCCAUGGAUGAUGAUGAUGAUGUUCGAGAUCGAGUUCAGGGCAGUUGUGAUGAGAACAAGUCUUGUGGAAGUCCUCAUCAGCAUCUGGAGUUCUACAUUGAUCAAGAAGAUUGCCGGUUGGUGCCGGUUGAAUUGGUUGAUUCUCCUGCCAGCAUUGAGAGGCAAAGUCACCAGAACUAUAAAGUGGAGGAAGGCCAAGGAAAUAGUGAUACUCAAGAUGUUAUUCUGGAUUUCGACAUGCAUUUCGAGACACAAGCCAAACCAGUUGUUGAGUGCUGGCACAGUUCGGAUGAGAUUGUGGAGUUACUUUCAUCCCAUGAGAGUAAAGAGGAGAGCAAAGUUUCAGUUCUAGACUCAUCCCAUGAGAGUAAAGAGGAGAUCAAAGUUUCAGUUACUGACUCAAACGAUUGUGUUGAGAAUGGAGAAGAAGUUAAGGGAAUUGAAAAAAAUGAAGAUGCUACUAGUACUGAAGCAACACCAGCCUCCUGUCAUGAGGAUGAUAGUCAAUCAAAUGCUGAUAUAGUAGGAAGAGAAAUCGGUUCGGAUGUUCAUCAAGCAACAAAUGAGGAUGAUGAUAUCCAUAUGCUGAACGAUGAGAUUGAUGCAGAGGUCUCAAUAGGGACAGAUAUUCCUGAUCAUGAUAUAUUCAAUGAGGACAUUCAAUCAGCUGGGGAACUUCUGAAUUCCUAUCCCAAUGUGCAAGAAGAUCCUUCUACAAGUUCUCCGACUUCUCCCAAUGCUAAUAUCUAUGAUAAUUAUGGUUCUAAGCAAGAAAAUGAAGGUUUUCUAGAAUUCAAGACCCUAUCACUUGAAACAAGUGAGGAAGCACGAAAUAGUCAUUUCUCAUUAGGUUCAGAACUUAAUGAGAUUGAGGAAGAGAAGGUUCUUCCUGAUACACCAACUUCUACAGACCAUUUCCAUCAGUUGUAUAACAGAAUGCUACUUACCGAGAGAAGGGAAUCAGGAACAGAAGCGUCAAUGGAUGGAAGUGUGGUGAGCGAUAUUGAAUGUGGUGAUGGGGUCCUGACUAUGGAGAAGCUGAAAUCGGUAUUGAGAGCAGAACGCAAAGCUUUAAAUAGAGUAUAUGCAGAACUUGAAGAAGAGAGGAGUGCUUCUGCAAUAGCAGCCAACCAGACAAUGGCAAUGAUAAAUAGGCUACAAGAAGAAAAGGCAGCAAUGCAGAUGGAAGCUUUGCAGUACCAAAGAAUGAUGGAUGAGCAGUCUGAGUAUGACCAGGAAGCAAUGCAGCUCUUAAACGAGCUCAUGGUAAAGAGGGAAAAGGAAAAGCAAGAACUUGAAAAGGAGCUGGAAAUAUGUCGAAAGAAGGUGCAAGAUUAUGAGGCCAAAGAGAAAAUGAUGACUUUGAGGAGAAUGAAAGAGGGCUAUACAAGGAGUAGGACUUCAUCCGGUCCUUGUAGCAAUGCUGAGGAUAGUGAUGGACUAUCGAUAGAUUUGAAUCAUGAAGUGAAGGAAGAAGAUAACUUCUCUGGACAAGAGGAAAGUAGCAAUCAAAACACGCCAAGGGAUGCAGUUCUAUAUUUAGAAGAAUCUUUGGCUAGCUUUGAGGAAGAGAAGUUAUCUAUUCUAGACCAACUCAAGGAAUUGGAAGAGAAGCUUUUGACCUUGAAUGAUGAAGAGGAAGAAGAACAUUGCGAGGAUAUAAAACCAAUCGAUCAUUUCUUUUCAGAGAAUGGAAAUGGCUACCACGAGAAUGUUGAUGUUAGCAGUGAAGAUAAUGGCAUUGCAAACGGCCAUACCAAAGAAACGAAUGGAACACAUCAUCAAGAUAGGAAAAUCAUGGGAUCAAUUAAGGCAAAGAGACUUCUUCCACUUUUCAAUGAAGCUGAAGAUGAAGACGAGGAGUUGAAUGGAGAUGCAGAAGGUUAUGAUUCUGUUGCAUCACAAGAGCACAAGAAAUUUGCUAUUGAAGAGGAGGUUGAUCAUGUCUACGAGAGACUACAAGCGCUUGAAGCAGAUAGAGAGUUUCUAAAGCAUUGCAUUAGCUCCUUAAGGAAAGGUGACAAGGGCCUAGAUCUUCUAAAAGAGAUUUUGCAACAUCUUCGUGAUCUGAGAAGCGUGGAAACCCGAUUAAGGAAUUCGGGAGAGGGUAUUCUUUGACAACUUCAUUGACAGAUUGCUCGAUUCGGGUCUGAAACAUUGCAAAUAUAGAUACUUGAUAUACAAGUCAUAAAUGGAAUUCAGCAGUUUCAACACUUCUAAAUGGGAAUUUCCUGGAUGGGCAGGGAAGCUCAUGGCAGUAGUCUGUCUGGUGGAACAUGGUAGACUACAGCAAGUUCAAAUCUGCCAAUUUUCACUUCUACUUUUUGUGUCUAAGUAAACCCAAAUUUUUGUGGGUUGCACCCAUCAAACACCUUUCAGAAGGUAAAAGGAAGAUGAUGAGUGUCUCUUUGUGUAGGGAGGUAAUGAGGUGAAGCCACUCUGUCAAGUAAGUCUUUUAUGGUGUGAGAGAGGAAAGGCCUGGUUUGCAAAGCUGGUAUGAUCAAAGAUUCCAGUGCCAGGUGAUGGAUAGCACUAGUUUAUUAGAGAGAUGUGGUAGGCAAUUAGUACAGGCACUCCUUUUUGUCAUUUAUUAAAAUUUUGCUGGUGGGAAAGAGAAGUUUGGGGGAUAACUAAUCCCCUUUUCAUUCUUUCUUCUGGUCUUUGCAUCGUUUCAUCUUAUGGUCUGGAUUUGAUUAUUAUUUGAGGGCAGCAGCAAAGUUGAGAACCUUGUAUAUGUACUACACUACUACAUGUAAUCAAUUCUGUAAGUACAUAAAGUGAGUGUUUGUUUACACCGAGUCUUUCUUGGAGAGUUGGAGUUUAACUUAUACAUGUAUGUUCAUAUG